AUGGAUAUUUCUUUUGUUACGAUCAUAAGUAAUAAAGCUGUGACUGUCAAAGAACCAAGCAAAAUUCAUUUUAGUGAUGAUGAACCCGAUGAAGAACUAACUACACAAAUCAAUCUCUUUGAUGACUACUGGUAUGAACCAGACAUGGAAGAGAAAGAGGAUGAACAGAUUGAUACGUCAACUGACUACUGGACAGAUGAACAAGACGAACUAUCAGCAAAACAACCAUUUUCUGUGGAAUACGCGUAUGCUGAUGCUAGUCAAAAUGAGGUGUUUGGAAACACUGAAGAAAAAACAGUGUGA